AUGGAUCUCGUGCGCCUCUCAAUCGCGUUCCUCGCGCUCCUCGCCGUUCCUAACGGCGCCAACGGCCAAGUCAGCUACAGCCAGAGUGGUCUCGACUGGGGGGGGGACUGCCUGUCGGGCGAGAAGCAGUCGCCGAUCAACAUCGUCAUGGACGAGGCAAAGGAGGUGAGCGAGCCGGAGAAGUUCGUUCUCGAUUACGACAAGUCAGCCACCACCGCGAGCGUUGUCAACCACGGAUACACCGUUCAGGUUGUUCCAAACCCGGAGAAGACUUACAAGCUUCACAUCAGCAAAGGAACCUUCGUUCUGAAACAGGUGCACGUGCACUCGUUCUCGGAGCACGCAGUCAAUGGGCUGUUCGCGGCCAUGGAAGCCCAUUUUGUGCACCUGCACGAGAACGACAACACCUCCCUCGCGGUGGUGGGGGUGAUGAUCAGGCUUCAGCGUCACGACGAUAAGUCCGACUGGAUCGAUGUCUGGCAGAGCAAGGUACCCGCUGUGGUGGACACCAACACCACCAUCAAUGUUCCCGAAAACUUUUGGCCGGAGAUGAUCGACCCGUCCAUGGGCUUCUGGCGCUACUCCGGCUCGCUCACCACGCCUGCCUGCAGCGAGAUCGUGGAGUGGCAUGUGUUGCGCAAGGCCAAGUUCCUCUCCGUGUCUCAGGCCAUCACAUUCAUGAACCUGAUUGCCAAGCAGAACACCGAGCGCACUGACAAUCGCCUUCCCGAGCCCCUGAAUGGCCGCACUGUCACCUACUUCACAAACGUUUCUUCUUAA